ACGGAAAAAUCGAAGGGCUUUGAAUGUCAAGGACAUCAAAAAGCGUAGCAAAACAAACAAGAACGAAAAUAACAGGAACAUCAAUAAAGCGCGCAAUACCCAAGCCAAGCCGAUUAACGAGACUUGCUCCAUCCUGGUGGAAUGUAAAAUCAAAACCUAAUCAACCAUAGCUAUGUCCAAUAAUCCAGCAUAUGUAGCGUCUGCUCAAAAGCCGCCACAUGCAAACAACAGCAGCUGCAACAGCAGUGGCAGCAACAGCACCAACAACGCAAACGGCGAAUCGAAAUUGGCGGCAGGCAUUGCUGUCGCCCACACGUCCCUGGAUGUUGGCGGGACGGCAGCAACGCCACAGGCGGCUGGACAGAACUGGACAGACGAAAUGGAUAGCCCACUGUGGCUAUCUUCGCUACAUAGUGUUAUAUUCAUUAUCACGUGCGCCUUGGCCGCUUUCAUACUGUUUCGCAAUGUCCUGACAUGGCAUUUGCAGAGCUUCUGGGGCGCCUCCGGAGACUUUUGGCAAUCGCAAUGGGAUAAGUUCAUCGACAUGUUUGGCGAUGAUCCCAUGGUGCUCUGGGUCUUUGGCACUACCAUAUUCACAAUGAUCGUAUAUUGGAGCGUGGGCGGCAUUUAUACAUUCAUGGACCUGACCAAUCGUCCGGCCUGUCUGCGCAAAUACAAAAUCCAGCCGGGCACCAAUGAGCCCGUCGAGGCCGGACGCCUACUGAAGGUCAUUUGGCGUGUGAUCUGUAAUCAAAUAUUUGUGGGCAUACCCCUGGCGUUCCUCAGCUACAAACUGAUGACAGUGCGCGGCCUGAGCGAUAUACGCGAGCUGCCAACUUUCCACUGGGUCUGCUUCGAGCUGACCGUGUGCAUACUAAUGGAGGAGCUGGGCUUCUACUACUCGCACCGUCUGCUCCACCACAAGUACAUCUACAAGUUCAUACACAAGCAGCAUCACGAGUGGACCGCACCCAUAUCGGUCACGGCCAUCUAUUGCCAUCCCAUUGAGCACAUCUUCAGCAAUCUAUUGCCGCCGUUCCUGGGCGUAUUCCUGAUGGGCAGUCACGUGGCCACCGCCUGGCUGUGGUUCGCUCUGGCCAUACUCUCGACGCUGAACGCCCACUCCGGCUAUCACUUGCCCUUCUUUCCUAGCCCCGAGGCGCACGACUUUCAUCAUCUGAAAUUUAACAAUUGCUUCGGAGUUCUCGGAGUCUUGGAUCGCUUGCAUGGCACCGAUUCGCUGUUCCGUGCCACCAAAUCCUAUGCGCGCCACAUUAUGAUGCUGAGCUUUGUGCCGCCUCGUGAUGCCUUUCCCGACUCGACCAUGAAGUGAAGUGAGCUCAUGUGCGGGAGCUGCCACAGGCCCCUCCCACAGCUCGUCUCUGUACACUAGCUGCUCCUACACACACACACACACACGCACAUACACACACACACAUACGGCAUAAGGAGCUGCAAUAUUUUAGUUUUCUUCUGUUCUUUAGUAAUUUCUAUAUGUGCACACGAUAUUGUGAUAAUAGCCAAGCUGGAACAACAGAUCGGGUAUUACUUUUAUAGACACCAAAACAUUGGUAUUUAUCAAUUUAUUCAACAAACAAACAAAAACCCGAAAUGAGAACGUGCUGUAAAUGUGUGUUAUAAAAGCUUUAAAACAAAUUGAUCUAGUAGUAAGCAUUGAUGUAUGUACACUUCGCACUCAGCACGAACGAGACAUAAAAUUAAUGCAAAAUAAAA